AUUCUCUCAUGUAUCAUCAGUUACUUUCAGAUUCUCCCAGGUAUCACCAGUUACUCUCAGAUUCUCCCAGGUAUCACCAGUUACUCUCAGAUUCUCCCAGGUAUCACCAGUUACUCUCAGAUUCUCUCAGGUAUCACCAGUUACUCUCAGAUUCUCCCAGGUAUCACUAGUUACUCUCAGAUUCUCCCAGGUAUCAUCAGUUACUCUCAGAUUCUCCCAGGUAUCACUAGUUACUCUCAGAUUCUCCCAGGCAUCAUCAGUUACUCUCAGAUUCUCCCAGAUUCUCUCAGGUAUCACCAAUUACUCUCAGAUUCUCCAAGGUAUCACCAAUUACUCUCAGAUUCUCCCAGGUAUCACAGUUACUCUCAGAUUCUCCAAGGUAUCACCAAUUACUCUCAGAUUCUACCAGGUAUCAUCAGUUACUCUCAGAUUCUCCCAGGUAUCACUAGUUACUCUCAGAUUCUCCCAGGUAUCAUCAGUUACUCUCAGAUUCUCCCAGGUAUCACUAGUUACUCUCAGAUUCUCCCAGGCAUCAUCAGUUACUCUCAGAUUCUCCCAGGUAUCACCAGUUACUCUCCCAUAUAUCAUCAACUA